CUCAAGCGUCGACUUGACAUUUGUUAGCACAGACUGCAUCGUUACAAUAUUGACAUUUUUGACUUUUAAACACAUAUAUAAUGUUUUGCGAAAAGGCAGUCGAGCUCAUCAGAGAACUUCAUCGGAUGGGCGACGGUCAAUUACCCGCGUUUAACGAAGAUGGUAUUCGACAAGUUCUGGAGGAGAUGAAAGCUCUGUAUGAACAUAAUCAGAGUGAUGUGAAUGAAGCAAAAUCAGAGGGCAAGAGUGAGCUGAUUCCAAGCAUCAAGUUUCGCCACUGCUGCCUGCUUAGGAACCAGCGCUGUAUAGCCGCAUACCUUUAUGAUCGCCUCCUACGAAUCCGUGCUCUCAGAUGGGAGUAUGGGAGUGUACUGCCCACAACCAUUAGAUUUCAUAUGUGUGCUGAAGAGAUGGAGUGGUUUAAUCAGUACAAAAAGUCCCUGGCAACUUACAUGAGGUCACUUGGGGGAGAGGAAGGCUUGGACAUAACACAAGAUACGAAGCCCCCUAAAAGUUUAUACAUUGAGGUGCGUUGUCUAAAAGACCAUGGAGAAUUUGAAAUAGAUGAUGGCACUGUUAUUCUCCUGAAGAAAAAUAGCCAGCACUUUUUGCCCAGAUGGAAAUGUGAGCAGCUUAUCCGGCAGGGUGUAUUAGAGCAUGUCAUUUCCUAAGAAAAAGAUGUCCUUGUCCUCUUUCUUUUCUUGCAGUUAUCUGAUUUAGAUGUAAUUA